AUGAUGUUUCGCACACCUCCCGUCAUCUACGAUGCUCUCGUCAUCGGCGGCGGCCCGGCUGGUCUGUCGUCGGCACUGACUCUGGCUCGCGUUUGUCGAACUUCGAUCGUCUUCGACUCUAGCGAGUAUCGCAAUAACGACGCCAAGGAGAUGCACACAUUUCUCUCUCGGGAUGGAAUAGCUCCACGCUCAUUCCGGAAUAUUGCGCGAGGGCAGAUUAGAGAGAAAUACUCGGACCAGGUGUCGUUCAUGGAUACCAAGAUUGUGUCAGUCUCCAACACCGAGAUUCUCCCUGGCUACAAAGGCUUUCAAGCCGUCGACAGCUCCAACAAUACGUAUCUUGGCCGCAAGUUGGUUCUAGCGACGGGUGUUGAGGAUAUUCUGCCCACUGAUAUCGAGGGAUACAAAGAGAACUGGCCCCAGCACAUGCAAGUCAUCAACCAUUACCUCAAAAGUCAGUUUGUCAACGUCAUGCUAACUUUGGAUAUAGUUACCAGUGUCCUUUCUGUGACGGAUCCAUCCUACGCCUCCUUCGCCUUGAUGGUCCGGCCAUUCAAUAAGGAAUUUACAAUCUACAGCAAUGGGCCAGUGCCAACGGAUGAGCCCACGCAAAUGGCCCUGAAAAAGGUUUUGGCCAUCGGCAUCAAAUUAGACCAGCGCCCAGUCCGUCGUCUCAUCAACAACGGCGACGGUCCCGAGAAUGGAAUCUCGAUUGAAUUUGAGAGCGGUCCGCCCGUAAAGCUGGGAAUGUUGCUGCAUCGACCUCCAAUGCAGCCUCGUGGCCGGGACUUGAUUGAACAGCUGGGACUGGAAACCAAUCCAAAGGGCGACAUAGUGGCUGAUUCAAUGAUGCUACGUACCAGUGUGCCUGGAUGUUUCGCUGCAGGAGAUACGCAGGAAUCAAUCAAGCAAGCACUCAUGGCAGGGAGCAAUGGACUUCGUGUUGGAGCUUCAAUUGCUUUUCAACUUGCCAGUGAAGAGGGAGAUCGAGCACUGGCAAUGCUGGAGGCAAACGAUGCCAGCCUGUAA